GAAACGAAAUUGUACUGAACCAAAUCCCAGCGCGGGAGGAUUCUAGAAAGUCCGGAAGGAAGGAAACGGGCUCUACCUUCUCACCUUCCGUAAAUCAAUGCAAAAUUCCACUUCCCAGGAAGAGAGUGUUGUUCCCUCUCGGAGAAUGGCAUUGGCACCGGCGACCCACAGCGACGGACCUCUCUUUGCGGAGGUAGAUAUGGGCGGCGACUCCUCUGCUCCAACCGUCCGCGCCACCGUGGUCCAGGCCUCCACGAUCUUUUACGACACACCGGCCACUCUAGAUAAGGCUGAGAGAUUACUGGCAGAGGCAGCCUCAUUUGGUUCACAGCUUGUUGUUUUUCCGGAAGCCUUUGUGGGUGGCUAUCCACGUGGAUCAAACUUUGGCGUUACAAUUGGGAACCGCAUGGCUAAGGGUAAAGAAGAAUUCCGGAAGUAUCAUGCUUCAGCUAUUGAUGUGCCUGGUCCCGAAGUUGAUCGAUUGGCUGCCAUGGCUGGAAAAUACAAGGUUUAUUUAGUGAUGGGUGUGAUUGAAAGAGAUGGAUAUACACUCUAUUGCACAAUUCUGUUCUUUGAUUCUCAAGGCCAUUUUCUAGGAAAACAUCGCAAAGUCAUGCCAACAGCUUUGGAACGUAUAAUAUGGGGAUUUGGAGAUGGAUCAACAGUUCCAGUCUUUGACACUGCAAUUGGGAAAAUAGGUGCUGCCAUAUGUUGGGAAAAUAAAAUGCCACUUCUAAGGAUGGCAAUGUAUGGAAAAGGUAUUGAGAUAUAUUGUGCACCUACUGCUGAUGCAAGGGACAUAUGGCAAGCAUCCAUGACCCACAUAGCUCUUGAGGGUGGGUGUUUUGUUUUGUCGGCCAACCAAUUCUGUCAAAGGAAAGAUUAUCCACCUCCUCCAGACUAUGUAUUUCAUGGGACAGAAGAAGAUCUUACUCCAGAUUCUGUUGUUUGUGCUGGAGGCAGUGUCAUUAUUUCACCAUCAGGCACUGUUUUAGCGGGCCCCAAUUUUGAAGGGGAGGCACUUAUCUCUGCUGAUCUAGAUCUUGGGGAAAUAGCACGUGCAAAGUUUGAUUUUGACGUUGUUGGACACUAUUCAAGGCCUGAAGUGUUCAGUUUGACUGUGAAAGACCAUCCAACAAAUCCCGUUACUUUUACAUCAGUAUCUGGGAAAACUAAGUAGCUCCUACACGUAAUACCAAAAUAUUUUACUGAAACCUGUUUCAAGUGCUAGCCUGAAUGCUGAAAGAGAUUAUAAGCUAUCAUCACGACUGUUGUCCGGUGGUGUACUGGAUGCCCUUAUGUUUAGAAUCUUCUUUGCACGGUUGCAUUCACAUGUUGUCUUAAUUAGUCGUAUGCAUAUGUUGGUAUGCAUAUGCUUCUCGUUGCCAAUAGUUUGAGAUAUGAACGUUUCUCCUGUUUGUUACUUGCAAAACUCCGAUUGUAAAUAAAACAGUUAUGAUGACAAGUUGUUCAUUGGAUGAUCGCAAGUUUCAUUAUCAAGAAGCUAUGGUUCCCAUUGGUUGCGAUGUUGA